AUGCCAAUUACAGCCGGAAGCUGCCAGUUUGGUAUGCCGUACUGUACGCAGUCAGUUCGCAGUCAACCACCAAACAUAUCUCACAGUCUGGCUCGUACACCGGAUACGCAGCACGUGAACUUUUAUGAGGACAAAACAAGGUCUAACUAUGUUUUUCGUGAUCCUUUGUUCACUGUCGUGACGUCAAGUUUGUCCAAAUGUGUAGCCCUGUGUAAUAUAGAGUCAGAAUGUUAUGGAGUCAGUCUUCAUAUCAGCGAUAAUAGUUGCCGUGGUUACAAACGAUUUGCUGGCCCUUCGACAAGCCAUGGAACGAGAGUCUGGAAGAAAGAUAUACGUUGCCAUCCACACUUCACUUACAUUAAGUCUCUGGAUCUUUGUUGGAAAAGUUAUAAUUUGCUUGAUUGGAAUAAUGCCAAUAGAUUUUGCUCAGAGGAGGACGCACGGCUGAUAGUUUUCGACACGGCCAGCAAACUGGAUUCCGUCCGGCAGGAUAUUUCUGAAGCAGGAGAAACUGGAUACUACUGGGUAGGAGGACAAUAUGUGUUUGGUCAAUGGGAAUGGCUGGACGGUACUAAAGUGGACAUGAGCACAACUUUCUGGGGACCUGGGGAACCAAACGAUAGUGGUGAUUGCAUUGGGUUGGUAAUGUUUUCCCACAUGAAGUUUGAUGACGGCAGGUGUACGGCUACCUUAAGAUAUAUUUGUGAAAAACCAUAAAAAAUGGCUGAAAGGAUUACCCUCCACCCUAGCCUUAUCAGAUAUCCAUAAGCAUUUGUUUACUUUUUUAAUUUUUACUUUAAAAAUAAUUUCAUUGUUCACAUCUAACAAAAUUCAUUGAAAGUAACGCAUAGCCUUUAAACUCUCUCAUCACAGUCAUUAACAACAAACACUCAUAUAUUCAAAAUCAUCGAAUGAUUUAAACAUAUUGUACAUGUUAUUGAAUAAUAAGUAUUAUUAGAAUGACUAGCAGACUUGAUUAUUUAUAUUAUUAUUCAUAUAUAUAUAUA